UCGCCAUUGGUCAGAGACCUUCAGAGGCUUGAGGAGAGGUCCGCAGUUGGAGUACUUCGCUACCUCAUGUGUUGUAUGAAAAAAGCUAACGUUACACAUUACAUGUAAUCAAACUACUUUUUAUACAGACCAGUGCAAUUUGAGUUGGGCAAGAAGCGCGCUUUUUUGAAUAUACCGAAUUUUACCUUUAAGAUGAGCAGCCCGUCAAGUGUAUUCGAUAACUGGCACUAUAAACAUCACUUUAUUUUCGUGAAAGACGAGGGGAAGAACAUCUGCGUCCAGUGUAAUUUAUGCAAGCCAAAAAUUAAUCACUUGUCUUUGUCGAAGAUGUCAACAUCAAAUCUAUUAAAACAUUUAAGGAGAAAACAUGCAGACAGUUUUGACCAGAUAAACUCGAAGCGUCCAAAGAAAGGUGAAUCAUCAAAAGUGAACAGCCUUGUUUUAAACUUUAUCUUGGAAGAAGUCCAAUCAGUUUCUUUCCUGGAGCAACCUAGUUUCAGAAAAUUAGUUGAGGGCUUGAGUGGAAGACCAUUGGCCAUGGACCGAGCUACACUGAUUGCUGAGGUUGAGAAGGCGUUCUCAAACAUGAAGGCCAGACUGGUGGGGAAGUUGAACACAGUUCAGUCUGUGUGCACCACAGCAGAUAUCUGGACCGCCAACAACAGGAGUUACUUUUGGAUGACCUGUCACUGGAUCGAUGAGAGUGAGCUGGUAAGGAAGUCCGCCGCACUGGCCUGUGCCCGGCUCCGAGGCAUUCACACGUACGACUCGAUCUCGGCCAUGAUCCACGAGAUUCACUCGUCCUACAACAUAGAGAACAAAGUGGGGACUGUUGUCAGGGAUAACGGCAGCCACCUUGUGAAAGCCUUCAAAGACUUCCCUGUUGAUGGCUAUGAUGAAGACAAUGGCGACAUGGGCAUAUUUGAGGAUGUUGGUACAAUCCUGAAGGGCAGAUGUGAGGAGGAUGUUCCUUUGUUCCUGCCGUCAUUCCAGAAAUGCGUGUGCCACCUUAUGAGCCUGAUAGUCACUGAGGACUUGCUGCUAGCUGUGUCUCAGAGUGAGAGCAGCCAAGUCUACUACAGCACCAUGGCUAAGUGUUCUGUUUUAUGGAACAAGGCCCACCAUUCUCAACUGGCUCUUGAUACAAUACAGGACAUGGGUAACAUGUCUUCGAUUGUUCUCUCAGUGUUUCGCUGGAGUUUGGAGUACAGCAUCAUGCAGAAGAUAGCGUCUCUGACAGAGAGCCAACUCAGUGACGUAUGCACCCAGUUGGAGAUGUCUGAACUACAAGCUGUAGAGUUGGCUUUCUUAAAAGAGUAUGUGGAUGUUUUUAAACCUCUGGCAUUCACACUGGACCUCCUCCAGGAGGAGCAACAUAGUUUUUUUGGACUGGUCAUCCCUACACUACUGACACUGAAAACAAAACUAACAAACAAGAAAGCUUUCUCCCGUUUUCUCCCAGAUGUAAUUAGUGCUAUUCUUGAUGCGGUAGACACCAGCUUUCAGCAACUGUUUGUCUGUCCCGAGGCGAAGCUGGCAACAGCCACAACUCCCCAGUUUCGCCUGUGGUGGUUGCCAGAGGCAGAGAGAGAUGACAUGGUGAAGCUGCUGGUGGCCGAGACAGCUCAUUUAGCCAUCAAACAGGAAUUCUUAGAAGAAUUUGCUCCGAUAAAUUCAAUGGAGUGUCAGCCGAUAGAAUCUGAGGAAUUCUUCUGUUACGGUCCCGGAAGCGAAAGCCUUGACGAUCCAAUGGCAGAGGUAAAAAAGUAUCUAGAAGGAAGCAACAAGAGCCUUGGUUGUCUGAACGAGUUUCCCAGGGUGAGAAAGCUGUUCCUUAAGUACAACACCACCCUGACCUCCAGUACCGCUGUGCUGCGGCUACUGAGUCACAAAGGAAAGCUUACCCUCCAAAGCAACUGGCAGACCGAUGAAUAUUUUCAGAGGGUUGUAACGUUACAGUACAAUCUCAAGAACGGCCUUUGAACUCUGGAUAAGAACGUCUGCUAAAAAAAAAUGACUAAAUGAACUAUUGGGUAAUGAGGAAGGAGAGGGCAUCCUGCAGUUUGUCUAGUUUAGCUGCCACUACUUUAGAUUUUCUAGCAAUAUUUUUUACGCUCAAGUUUAGGAAACAUUUGCCAUUUAUUCUGCCUCAUGGCCAUUCUUCAGUUUAUCUGCUUUCUCCACAAAACAGUGGAGCUGCCGAGCUUAUACAUUUUAUCUUAGUUUAUUCUGUUGAAUAUUUGUACUGUAUGUUUGUGUUGAGUUUAAAAUAAUGUAUACUUAAUUCAUACAAAGUAGUAUAAAUCUUUGUACAAAACAUAUUGUUAGAGACUCAAUCUUUCCAGGUUUUUCCCCCCUGUAUAAUUUUAAUAUGCAUGUGUGUGUGUGCAUACCAUGCUGACAUCACCUCGCUGUAUAUUCUAGCCAUUCUAGCUACUGAUGGCAUGUUGAGACCUUUUAGACCAGCAGGUAGGCUGUGAUUAUCAGUAAUAAUAGCACUAUCAGCAAUACCUUGUUCUGUGCAUCUGACAAUAAAAGAUGUGAAACUUGA